AUGACCUCGGGAGACUUUGAAAAAGCCAAACACCUACCACUCGGAAAAUCCACUGGCUCCAGGAAGACGUUCGACCAAAUUAUGACAUGGCUCAAGAAAUGCGUCUCCGCGCAUGACUGUGGGGCAGUACGACUAAAGGACCCUCACUUCCUCCCUUCGAGGCUAGUGUGUGUUGAACGUCCAGUCAGAAUCGUUGAGAGAACUGAGGUGGAUCCAGGAGACGUCUACCUCACACUGAGCCAUUGCUGGGGCGAGGCCAAUCAUCUGACACUCACUACAGACAAUUUCGAAGAGUUCAAGACAGCGCUCCCAAUGCAAAGGCUCCCAGCAACAUUCUCGGACGCCAUAACUCUCACGCAGGUGCUCGGAAAGCGUUACAUCUGGAUUGACUCACUGUGCAUCAUUCAAAACUGCACAGAAGAUUGGGAGACAGAAGCAAACACGAUGUGGGAAGUUUACAGUAACUCGUACUUGAACAUCUCUGCAACAUCUGCCAAAAACUCAUCUGAGGGAUUGUUCCGUGAAGGAAGAUCUGUAUUCCCUUCUCAUGCGACAGUCCUACCAGGUCAUCCGAUCAUCCCUGAAGGGAUGUAUACUUGGUAUUGUGAACAUGAUUGGGAUGACGAGGUCGAAAAUGGCUCGGUCAACCGAAGAGCAUGGGUUCUCCAGGAACGCUGUUUGUCUCCACGGGUGGUGCAUUUCUGCUCUGAGCAAGUGUUUUGGGAAUGCAACAUCCUCUCAAGCUCCGAGGCUUUCCCUGAGCAUCUUCCACUAGAUUUCAAGUGCACAAGUAAGCCGCCAGCUUUGUACCGGCUGACAAACGUGGAAACUAAGGAUCCAGCUCAUCUUGCGAAUCUCUGGAAUAAGAUUGUCGCAAGCUACACCGGAUCCAAACUGACGAAUGCGUCUGACAAACUGGUCGCCAUUGCUGCACUGGCACGGAAAGUCUCUGAGGCGUAUGGUGAUACUGCUGGCAGAUACUGUGCCGGAUUCUGGAAGGAUAUCAUCAUCCGUCACCUGUGCUGGUCCCCUGCAAGUGGAUCUACGGUUCGUGCGACUGGUGAGGAUCAUCGAGCACCCUCAUGGAGCUGGGCAUCUGUAGAUGGGCCUGUAAGUCUUCCUGUUGACUGGGAGUUUUCUAUGAACAGAUAUAUGGCCAUUAUCACGGAUGUCGUCAUACAUCAAGAAAAUGACUAUGCUCCACGCAUCGAGGGUGAGCUUCAUUGCAGCGGCCCUCUUCUCACAGCCUCACUGCUAGAAUACGGCGGUGGCUUUUGCUCGCUGAGAUUAUCCGGGGCAGGCCAUGAACUCGAGUUCGCAGCAAGGAUGGAUGGGGGAUCUAAUCGCAAGAACGGCUUCCCCUUUGAGGUAUAUUUGAUGCCUGUGGAGGCGACGUUACAAUUUAUAUCCGAAGUCUCAACCAAAGGGUUGAUCCUCGCGCCUACGUCAGAUGGUUUGCAUCAUUUCGAAAGAAUCGGCAACAUUCUCGGCCCCCUGAGAGAACCAUCUGCCCUUGAUUUCUUCACUAUCCUGGGCAAUCAAGACGAAAUCCAAUCGGCAUGUGUCAGGAAAUCCGGUACUCUCAACCUCGAGGAGACCUUUGCGCGGGUGGACAUCUGGGAAAGCGACGAAGACUACAAUGAGCUGCUUAGCCAGCUUGAACCAUUCAACUGCAACAUCUAUGACUUCACCAUUGUGUAG